AUGCUGCAGCCGCGCCUCGCAAACGCGCACUCCUCGCGAAACAUUUCACCACUGCCGCUCUCAAUGUAUUCAUCCGGCGCACCGCCCCCGCCUCCGCUACCUCCUUCUGACAGAGUGGCCGUCGCGGGCAAGCGGCCACAAGCAACACCACCCUCCGUUAAACUUGAAGGGCCUGCCGGAGCAUUCCUCCUGGAGCUCAUAACUUCCAACGGCUACCCUUUCAAGGACCACUGGUCCUACUUUGUCCGCUCGCACCAUCACCAUGACACCGGCGUCGUCAUCCACGCGACGGGGGAUGUGGCCAAUGGGUUCCGCUUCGAGAUCAAGCGCUGCUUCGCAGUCAAUGAGCCUGGAACCCAGCCCGGCAGGCGGGUCUCGCUGCAGUGGAUCGACGGGAAGCACUUCGACGAGCAGGCGAUGCUCAAUAACUGGGAGCUAAAGUUUGAUACGGUGCCGGUCUGCGCAUUCGAAGAGAGCCUGUCCAGGGUCGAGGCGCCGGGGAAGACGCUGAAUACUGUGGACGGCGAGGCUGUAGUGGGAAAGAAGAUUGUGAUGAAGAACUGCCAGUCGUGGGUUAUUGAGUCGGCCGAGCAGCUAGUCGCCGAUAAGAUGCUUUCGCCAGAAGUCGCAGCAUAUCUUCGGGCCAUCGAACAAUAA